GACAAGUGAAACUAGAGAAGGGAUCACCUCUAUCUUCAUUAUUGAAUUCUCAAAGAAACACUUUGUUCGAGCCUUCUUUCUUGACUGACACAGAAGAGAAAACUUCUAUAUUUGAAUCCAAAUACUCCAACUCCUUUUGACAGCUUUUAGUUUUACAACAAAUAUAUAUAUGUAGUAUUAUCAAUGUAGUUCUAAUGACAUUAAUUUUGUGUUAGAAUGAAAACUAGCCACGCAAUGAAACAGAGUUUUGCUGCAGAAUGAUCAGAAAAACAAGAGCCACCACCAUUACCAACCUCGUAACCCUCAAACAGAUCCACGCUUUAAUCAUCAUCAACGGUUUCACUUCAAACAUUAGUUUCCUCAGAAAACUUGUCUCCGCCGCCGCCACGUCACUGGUGGGCCCCAGAGCCGCCGCCACCGUCGCAGAAUAUGCACACCAAAUGUUCGCUCAAAUUCCCCAACCAGACACCUUCAUGUGGAACACCAUGAUCCGAGGCUCAUCUCAGAGCCUCGAUCCCCUGCGGGCGGUGGCAUUGUACACCCAGAUGGACCACCGUUCUGUGAAGCCUGAUCACUUCACCUUCCCCUUCGUCCUCAAGGCUUGCACCAAGCUUCUCUGGGUCAACACCGGUUCAGCGGUUCAUGGUCGGGUUUUCAGGCUGGGGUUUGGUUCAGACCGGUUUGUGAGGAAUACCCUUUUGGUAUUUCACGCUAAAUGUGGAGAUUUGAAGGUUGCCACUGAAAUAUUUGAUGAUUCGGAUAAGGGUGAUGUGGUUGCUUGGUCUGCACUUAUUGCUGGGUAUGCUAAACGAGGGGAUUUGAAGGUUGCGCGCAGGUUGUUUGAUCAAAUGCCUGUCAAAGAUUUGGUUGCAUGGAACGUGAUGAUCACCGGGUAUGCCAAGCAAGGGGAGAUGGUUAGCGCAAGGAAGCUUUUCGAUGAGGCUCCCGUGAGGGAUGUGGUUAGUUGGAACGCAAUGAUUGCUGGUUACGUGCUUUGCAACUUGAACCAACCGGCAUUGGAUUUGUUUGAUGAGAUGAGUGGAAUCGGGGUUCGCCCGGAUGAAGUGACAAUGCUGAGCUUGUUGUCUGCUUGUGUCGAGUUAGGGGAUUUAGAAAAUGGUCGAAAGAUGCAUGCCAAGGUCAUGGAGAUGAGCAGGGGAGUGUUGAGCACGUUGUUGGGGAAUGUUCUUGUUGAUAUGUAUGCUAAGUGUGGAAGCAUUGGAGAAGCGCUUCAUGUGUUUUGGUCAAUAAGAGAUAAAGAUGUGACCUCGUGGAACUCGGUGAUUGGCGGGUUGGCUUUUCAUGGCCAUGCUGAGGAAUCACUUGGUCUGUUUAGGGAGAUGCUAAAGAGCAAGAUUUGUCCAAAUGAGAUCACAUUUGUUGGUGUUUUGGUAGCUUGCAGUCAUGCAGGGAAAGUUGAUGAGGGUUAUCAAUAUUUUGAUCUUAUGAGAAGUGAGUAUAAGAUUGAGCCAAACAUUAGGCAUUGUGGGUGCAUGGUGGACAUGCUAGGACGUGCGGGACUUUUGAAGGAAGCAUUUGACUUCAUAGCCUCCAUGAAGAUUGAACCUAAUGCAAUUGUUUGGAGGACUUUGCUUGGGGCUUGCAAAGUUCAUGGGGAUAUGGAGUUGGCAAAACACGCGAAUGAGAAGCUGCUUCAAAUGAGAACGGACCAGAGUGGUGACUAUGUGCUGUUGUCAAACACAUAUGCUUCUCGAGGUGAGUGGGAUGGGGUUGCGAAGGUAAGGAAGUUAAUGGAUGAUAGUGGUGUGACAAAAAAUCGUGGUUCAAGCUUCGUUGAAGCAUAUACCUGAUGAACAAUGGUUGCAAUUAUAGAAAUUUUGGAUCAACUGACAUUCAGAAACUACUCAGAAGCUUUCCUUAGAAUUGAUUUUUCCUUUAGAAUGAUUUCUAAACAUGCACAUACAGGAUUACAGGUGAUAAAUGUUCAAGUAAAUUAAGCUGAAGCUGGAGCUUGUGAAGAAAACCAAUACAAGUAUUGAACAUCAAACAGAGAACAUAUAAAGUACACAACAAAGUGGAAUACAUCUCACACACAUUUUUAUCCAAACAAAGCAUGUCUGGUCAUGGUAUUGGUAGCUGGAGUGGUUCAAAGAUUUGUUUAACGUUUUGAGAGAACCAAAGCAGAGAAAAGGAUCAGCAUGAUGAACAGUGGAAUUGCAAUGAAGGAUCCAAUCAAAGAUCCAGAUAUGCGCUCACAGAAAGAGUCAUACUGUUGGCAAAAGGCAAACCAAUUUGCUUUGGCAUUCCCCUUGUGAGCCAAAUAAACAAUAGCUGCUGCUGCAGAAGAUGCAGCUGUCAAUGAAGUUAGCAUUACCUGCAUAUAUAUAGUUAAACAUUUCAGAAUUUGCUGGCUUCUCAACUUGUAUAUUAAACAGACAUAAAUUACCCAUUUAUGUUGCUUAUUUAUUUAGAUUUAGGAGUAAA